UUAAUUAUUCAAUAAUUGUCUCUUUAUUUUUUUGUUUUGUAAUAAUUUUUAAGCCAAUGGAAGAAGUUGUUGAACGACGUAAAUGGUUAUUUACUAGACGUAAAAGUAGUAAAGGGGGAAGUGCCGGAGUUCGUUUAAGACGACGGCCAACACUUUCACAUUUUUUGGCAGAAUGUGAAAAACAACGUAGAAGAGAUAGCGGGCCUCCAAUUAGUGGAUUUAGUAGUCAUUUUACUCAAAAUGUUCCAGAUAAAGAGGAUUUAAUGUCAACUUCUUUGAAUGACCCAAAUUUUCGAUUACAGCAAAAAUACUGGGGGAAAAUACAUAGAAAAACUCCAACACGCACACCAAGUCCAGAUUUUGGUAAUAGUGAUGAAGAUAAUACAAGUAGUAGAAGCGAGGAGGAAGAAGAAGAAGAAUUGAAUUCUAUAGAUGAUAAUGAAUCAGAAAAUGGACGUGAAAAUAUUGGAAAGGAAGAGGAGGUGGAAGAAGAAGAAGAAUUAAAUAAAAAUAAUAAAUCUGAUAAAAUAAAUGAAAAUAUUGUUAGGCAUAGACGAGGAAUAUAUUUAAGACAAAGGGAGAGAGAACGGCCUCUUUCUGAUGGAGCUUUAUUGCCUGAACAGGAGAUUCUAAUGAAGAUAAGUGUCUCAGAUGCUCAUCGUCCUAAACGUGAUGAAAGAGGUCGUCGAUUGGGUGGAGAGUGGGAUAAAAGGUUUGAACGUUUGGGUAAGCAAUUAGUUGCUAAAUUAAAUGAAAGAGGAGAAAAUAUUCAUGAUAAAAAUGAAGAAAAAGAAGAAGGAAAAGGAGGUGGUGGGAAUGGAAGAUAUCCAAGUUUACCUUCAUGUUCAUCUAAUACACCGACAACUAAAAAAACUUUUAGUCAAAGUACUAGAAGUAGACAAAGCAGUAAAAGUAGAAAAAGCCAUAAAUAUCGAGGAAGUAAUAGAGGAAGUAGUAAACGAAGAAGAAAAAGAAGGGAAAGACGUUUUUCUGAACCAAAUCUUGGAACGUUGGAACGCUUCGAGAAAGUGAGGAAAAAAUGGGGGUUAUUAAUUCUGAAAGUGUGCACGCGUUUUUGA